AUGUCAGAACGAGGCCAAAUAACUUGUCAUGUACUUGACACUUCACUCGGUUUUCCAGGUAAUAAUAUAGAAGUUCUAUUAGAACAUUUUGUACCGAGUGUUCUAGGUGAAGCGGAAAGAUGGACCACUGUCAAUCGGGCGUGUCCAUUAUUAGUUCCUUCUGAUUAUAAAAUUCCAUUAUAUCAUUAUGAUAACGAUGAUAAAGCAAAGGCAAUUUAUCGCAUAACUUUUUAUACCGCUCCUUAUUUUAAUAAAUUAAAUCAAAAAUCUUUUUAUCCUUAUAUAACCGAAACAGAACAACAUUAUCAUAUUCCUCUAUUAAUUAGUCCAUUUUCAUAUACAACUUAUCGUGGAAGUUAA